AUGUGCGGAGUAACUACAGUAGACCUACGGAGUAGUCGCCUACUUGGGGGUCUCGGCCGGGAAAGCGUCGCCGCCUUUUCCUUUUCCCCGCAAAACCCGGCGACGGCCGGAGAUCAUCUCUCGAACUUCUCCAAACCACCCCCCUUCGAGGUAGACGGACUGAUGGCGCGAUUGUCGGGUCUCCAGAGAGAGGUGCUCUCCCUCUACCGAAAAUGUCUCAGAGAGGUCCAGAAGAAGCCGGCGGUAAGUGGUUCCUCCCCCGCCUCGGCCACCUCGCACGCAGAGCAUCUGGCUCACGAGCUAAACUCCCAUUCCCAGGAGACCAGAGGUAACUUCAAAACAUAUGCCAGGGCGGAAUUCCGCAAGCAUCUGUCCGUGAACAAAAAGGACUUCAAUGCGAUAGAAUAUCUGCUACGGAAGGGACAUCGUCAGGUGCAAGGCGAGGGAAAAGACUGGAAGGUUCGCGCAUCUUCCGGCGGCGAGUCCUCGCCGCGGGAUUAUCUAAGCGCGUCUCCGUCAUCGCAUCGAAGCUCCCAGAUCCGUCGCGCAGCGUCCGCCCGCGACGAGGACCUGCCAGCGCAUUCGAUUGCUUACGGAGCUGUACUACACCAUGGCAGUGCCAUCGGCUUCUAG